CAAUUCGUAGAGGUUGUUUAUCAAAUCCAAGAAAUUGAUAUACAGUAAACAGAAUGGGGGCAGAAGGAGCAACGGAACAAGAGAAGUGCGCAUCUCAUAAUCCAAGGACGGUUCCGAUCACGGAAGCUCAGUUCCUAUCCUGGAAGCGGCAGAAGGAUGCUGAGGCAUCUGCUAAAAGAGAUGAAACAGCAAGGAAGCGUGCAGAAGAUAUAGCCUCGGGAGCGGUGCAAAUGAAUGGGCGAGAGCUUUUCCUGCACCAACCAUGGGUUUUUGACAAUACUCAAUAUUGAGGUUGGUGGUUUAAGAUGGAAAUAUUGUGGUGCUAGUUUUUGUGGUCUCUUGAGAAAUUGGCUUUAUACUUUAAAAUGCUACCUUGUAUUGUAUUAGAUAUUCAUCAUUCAUACGAGUUAGUAGUUCUUCCGCUCAAAAAAAUUCCUCUCUUUGGUUAUGGUAGCCAUAUAUGAAUCUGUUUAGGUUUCAUCGCAUGGUAAAAGUUGUACAAUUGGACCAAUUGGUUCUAGAAAAUGAUGCAUCCAAUUUACGCUGAUUUGCCCUAUGCUGUUGGGCUAAAAUGACUUCAUAA